AUGAACUCGAAUAUAGCGACCAAAAACGAUAGGGACAGACCGCCUAAUAUAAAGGACUUGCAUUCAGUCGAUUUGGAGGACUUCAAGUUUGGGAACACAAAGAUUACAUCCUUUCGUUUGGUAGAUGUGGUCAGUCCUGAACUGCAAGACUUGUUAUCUCAAUGGACACCAUUGGCCUCGAAAAUAGGCAAAAAACAUUUAUUGCCUCCAAAACAUAUUCUGACGGAAUCUGCUCUCAUCUACGAUGGCGUCAAACUGCUGGCCACAGCUCUACAGGACUUAGACCAGAGUCAGUCAGUGGAUGGCAUACAACCCAUUUCAUGCGAAAGUGGAAAUCCUUGGCUUUAUGGCAGCUCUUUAAUCAAUUAUAUGAGACCCAUUACAUUCAGAGGAAUCACAGGACUGGUAGGGUUUGACCAGUCGGGCUAUAGGGCUAGUUUCGCAUUGGAUGUCAUGACCAUUACAACUGAUGGAUUGCAAAAGAUCGGUCACUGGACACAAAGUGGACAAUCAAACGGCACCAGUAGUUUGUAUAUAAACUCUGAAAUGAUGGGCCAUUAUUCAGCCAUUUCGAUGAAGAAUGUGAUGCUGACGGUGACCACAACCCUCAGUGAGCCCUACACUAUGUUCAAAGAGAGCGCCAUUUCCAGGACAGGCAACGAACAGUUCGAGGGAUUCGCGGUCGACAUCAUCGAAGAGAUCUCCAAAAUUAUGGGAUUUAGCUAUCGAUUCAAAUUGGUUUCCGACGGCGCAUACGGUAUCAAAGACGAGGAAAGUGGAGAGUGGAACGGCAUGAUUGGUGAGUUAAUCCGAAAUGAAGCGGACAUUGCAAUCGUAGACCUGACCAUCACUUUGAAACGCGAGAACGCCGUAGACUUUACUCAACCCUUUAUGAACACUGGGAUCAGUAUUCUAUUCAAAAAGCCGACCACCAAAGUGACCACGCUCUUUUCAUUCCUGUCACCCUUUCAAAACAUUGUCUGGAUAUAUGUUUUGGGCGCUUAUAUCAGUGUCUCUACUAUUUUAUUCAUUGUGGGCCGACUUACUCCAUAUGAAUGGGAUGACCCCCACCCCUGCAGACAAGGAGACAAUGUCCUCGAAAAUAACUUUAGUCUCAUCAACAGUUUUUCAUUUACCAUCGGUACCAUGAUGCAACAGGGAUCAGCUGUCUCGCCCAAAGCGAUGUCUACGCGGACAGUGGCAGCCAUUUGGUACUUCUUCACACUGAUAAUGAUCUCUUCAUACACCGCCAAUUUGGCCGCAUUUCUGACGGUCGAGAAAGUGGUUUAUCCGAUAGAAGAUGCAGACAGUCUUGCGAGUCAGACACAGAUCAAGUACGGCUGCUUAGGAAGUGGUUCGACAAAAGCAUUCUUCGCUGAAUCCAAGAUACCUAUGCAUCAGAGGAUGUGGAACUUCAUGAAGAAUAACCCAUCGGUUUUCACCAAAUCCAAUGCCGAUGGCAUCAAACGAGUUCGCAAUAGCAAUGGAAACUAUGCUUAUCUCAUGGAAAGCGCUUCCAUAGAGUAUAAUAUUGAAAGAGAUUGCAAUUUAACACAAAUUGGAGGACUUCUAGAUACUAAGGGCUAUGGAAUCGCUACCAGAAAA